UCGACAAAGCUUAGGAACUCAAGCACACACCUUAACACAACUAAAACAAAUUUGUUCUGUGAAAGUCAUGUUUUAGUCGAUUAAAAUGAAGCUGGUAAUAUUAUUUUUGACAUUGAUCUGGCAAAUCCGUAUGGUUACCCAAGGCAUUGAAAACUGUGGAUGUCAUUUGAUCAGCAACCAAAAUGAGCGCACAGCUGACUGCUCAAACCGCUUCGAAAUAAACUAUGACUGCCUCUCGCAUUUUAAACCAACUGAACUGAUAUUACAAAAUAAUGGUUUAACGGAGAUACCACCACAAUUGUUUCAGUAUAACUUCAAUAAUGUUCAGCAACUUGAUCUUUCUUACAAUGCGAUUAAGAAUUUGCCUGACAAUUCGAUCCACUUUCUUGAAGACUUAAAGACCUUUAACGUGAGCUGCAAUUCUUUGAAGAAUCCAUUGGAAUUGUUGCCGAUAAGAAACGACGUCGAAAUCUUUAUUGCCAACAAUGUGUUCAAGUGCAAUUGCGAAGAGCCGAAACUAUUUGAACUUAAUGAACGUAUAAAAAAGCAAAAGAAGCAAAAAACAACUUUGUAUUGCCUUCGUGAUGAUCUAAAUGAAACACAGAAGAGUAUUCCUCUGACCGCAAAAUGUAACAAUCCCGAGGAGCCCCAAAAACAUUGGAAGCAAAAAGCCAUUCAAAUGGGCAUUGUAGUUAUUAUAUGCGUUGCUAUAUUAAUUUUUGCACAGAUAAUUCAAGAUGUGUGGUAUGCUUGUCAUGAAACUUAAAAAAAUCAAAAAUGUCUGUCAAACUGAGCAGCUGAUCGUGUGAUUAGUUUACGCCUGCUCAGUGCAUAUUUAAUCCUAUAAAGUAUAUAUCAUCAUUUUCAUAAUUAUGUUUUCUCAUAUUUAAUGAACAAAACCGAAUUUGGUUAAAAUCAUGUUAUAUAAAAUAUAUUCCAAUACUUUUUCCGAAGAAAUAAAAAUCAA